GACCUGACGGCUCUGGCCAAGGAGCUGCGUGCAGUGGAUGACGUUCGCCCGCCGAAUAAGGUGACGGAUUAUUCAUCUUCCAGCGAAGACUCGGACACCACAGAUGAAGACGAUGAUGAAGAGGUGGACCAGGAAGCAGGUGAAGAGUCGACCUCCGGCCCUGAGGACUCCAGAGCCGUUUCUUCCAGGCUGAGCAACGGAGAAACGGAGUCGGUGAAAACCAUGAUCGUCCACGAUGAAGGCGAGAGCGACGCGGGGUCGACGCCCUGCAAAGACAGCACUCUGAUUGUCAGACAGAGUGCAGGUGAUAACAGAAAGCGUCAGGGUCCCGGCCCGGGCCAGGCACAGACCGCCGGCCUGCUCGCAAGCUUUGCCCCGAGCCCUGGCCCGGGGUCAGGCCCGGGUCUUGGCCAACACACACCCAGCCCCCACCAUCAUCACCACCACCACCACCAUCACCCCACACAGCACGCGGACAGGAACGGCUUUGCCGGCCGCAUCCACCACCUCCCAGACCUGAUCCAGCAGAGCCACCAUUCCACCCCUUCCUCCUCUGCAUCAAACUCCCCUUCCUCCUCCAGCCUCGCCAGCCCCUCCUCCAUGUCCCCCCAGAGUCCCCUGGAGAAGCUCGGCAUCCUCACAGAG